AAAAAAAAAAAAAACGAUUUAACAAUGGUACAAAUUUUACAACGAUUACAGCUUAUUAAAUAUUAACUGUCGAUAAUGUGGAAAUUACUGCAGGAGUCACCAACAGCCUAUGCUAUUCAAUUCAACAAAGAAAAUGGAUAUGAAAUCUUCAUUACAGAUUUUAUCUAUUUAUGGCAUGUUUAUUUCACUGAAAGAACUUUUCUCACGCAACUAAAGGAAAGCAAUGAUGGAAUAGAAUUCGAAAAUGAUUCGCAGCUGUUGCAGGAUGGAAUUAAACUAUUGGUACAACCUGAGAAUCUAAAAAAAGUUAAUGUUUUUGAAGAAAAUGAAAAGAGGAAUUUAUCUAUAACUUUAGUAAUGUCUUGUGGAUUUCCAUUUAAAUUAAAAUGUAGACUUUCCAGAGUAUCAGAUGAAGGGAUGUUCCAGAAAAUUACUCAAAACCUACUGAAGAUAAUCAAUGAUCUGUGGACGAGUCAAACAAUAUUAAGGAACACCUUGAACAAGAAAGAUAAAGAGCUGACUGCAUAUAAAACAAAGUUUGGUGAAAUUCAACACAAACACAAAAAAACUGAACCAUUCAAUGAUGAACUUCACAUGAACACUCACAACAUGUAUGAAACCCAUUUCGGAGAAUCUCCAAUACCCCAUAGUAUUUUACAGAAGACAAUAAUAUUACCCAAACAACCUAUAAAAACUGAAUGUUCCAGCGAGAGUGAGUUACAAACGAUCCAAAUUAAACAAGAAAUUAUGACACCUACUACGGAGGAUCAAAACCAUUUUGCAGUCAACGAUUCUGUCAAACGCGAAACUACAAAAGUCGAUCCGCCGGUAAAUGGACGCGUUUGCGUUAAAAAAAAAAGAAAGGGUCUCAUAUUUUAGAAAAGUAUUAUAAUAUUUCCUUAAUUUAUGCUUUUUGACUGAAGAAAUUACUAAUGAAAUAUAUAAAAAAAUGGCCAUAUAUAAUGGCGUCGUUAUAAAAUAAUAAUAAAUUAAGGUAUGUAAGAAUUAUUAAAAUAAAUAUUCGCAUAUAUUUAUAAACUUUUUUUCUAUUUCUGAACGCUCACAAUAUUAUUGCAGUAAAUAAAUAAUUCGGAAAAUAUAUUUUAAUUCAUAAUUCGACACAGAAAACUAAGUUUUUUUUUAAAAUGUCUAGUUAAUUCCGCAAAAACAGCAUUGCUCAUUGAAAUAAAAGAUAUUGUGUUUUAUAAAACUUUAUUAUACAUAGUAUACUAUGAAGAUCUAGUUUUAGAUAAGUUGUGCUAGUGUAAAAUUGUUACCAAAUACCUAUGUAUUAAUAAAAUUGGAAACUUAUGACAGAUAUUUUUAUAUCAUAGAUAAUAUUAGUUUCUGAAUGGUUUUUUUAAGUAAAAAUUUAAACAAUUAGAGUCUUCUAGCUUUAAUAGUUAUUAAUAAUGAAUUUUGUGUGUAGUAAGAUGGAUGAUAUACAAACUUCCUAGUUUUUUAAGAUUCUACUUCAUUAUUAUGUUUUGCAUUAAAACUCCUUUAUUGAAACCUUGGUAUCAGUUAUUCAAUAACAUUAAGACUUCACAGAUAAAACCAAAAUCUCCAGUUCAAAACCAUCAUUUGGUGAUAAACUUAUGAGUGUGUUUAACACUUCCAUUAUGGAGUAUUCAGACAGACGGUAUUGAUUCAGGCAAAAAAAAAUAAUUAAUUAUUCGCUAUUGAACGUUGAAUGUAAAAUGAAAAACUGUAUUUAUUUGGCUGCCUUUUUUUUCAAUAUUUCAUUUCAUAAUAUUUCAAGUCAAUUGAGAAUAAUAUCAAAUGCGGUCUAUCACAAAUUUAAUAAAUACACAUUACAAUAUCUUAAAUUCGUUUGAUAACGUGCGUUUUUUUUUUAUAAGAAUCUACAGUAAUAUACUAUUUUGCUGAGCAAAUUGGUUGAAUUGCAUAGGCAAUAAAUCGUUAACCCACGAAUCAUUUUGGAGGUACUUUCGUAAAUCUGCAGAAAUAUUUACCACAGCGGAAUUAUUAAUUGAGCAAACUACACCUUUAAAUGCGAUGCCGUGUAGUGCUGACCGUCAGUCUUAUAAUCAUUUAGAAAUACAUUGUACCAUCAUAGGUAAUUAAAAUCAUGAAAUUUGAAUGUUACCAGUAUUAUAAAUUGAAAUUUCCAAAGGGAUAAAUAUUUCAUUCAGCAAACUUUUUGUCACAAAUUCAUUAAAACAAAAUGAAAUUGUGAAGUAUCUCAAAAUGACGAUACAUAUUAAGUAGGUAUUUAAAGUUAUUAUAUUUUUCUUCGUAUUACAUACAAAAAACGGUGCGUUCAGAAAUUGCGACAGUUGUUAAGCGCAAACAGCACACAAUGCGAAAAGCAGCUAAUCAUUAACUACCCUCUUACAAAAAAAAAGUAUAAAUUGUACCCUCUUCUAACAGUUUGAUUGUUUCGGUCAUUACUAAAACUGGCAGCAUAUUGCACGCCUAAGUAUUUCUGCUCUACUCUGCACAAUGUUCGCAUCUUCACGAAGCAUUUAUGCUCUUCCAACACUCGCGUUAGAAUGAGAUAAGAGGACUUUUUGGCGGGAACGCGAAGAGUGAAGUUGUCUGAUUUGUUUUAUUUUGUCUAAUUAGUGUUGCUUCAGGCUUCAAUGUGUAAUAACGGUGGUUUAUUAACUGUUUAAUAUCUGAAAGUGCACAAAUGUGGGAAAAUGAAACAAAGCCGCUGGACGUAACUUCUCGGGAUCCUCCAAAAAGUCCACUGAAAAAAUCUUAGUAAAUGACCACAAUUUUACUGAGAUUUUAAUUCAUCCUAUAUCAUCUCAACUCAUUUAAUUUAAUUUCAUCCCAGUUGAUUAGUGUCUCAAAUUAAUCAUCUUCAUUUCAUUUCAGUCCAUAAUAUCAUUUUUUCAUAAAAAUAUGAAUAGUAUAAAUAAAAAUAAAACAUGACUUACAGGUCUCAGUUACCAGGUCAUAAAAUCUCUUAAAAAAAAUGAGAUAAGACCGAAAUGGAUAUAUACGGCUAGGCUAAUUCCUAGUGCUCGUGGAUUGAAAGCCUAAACUAGUAUUGGAUUAUGUAUAAAUUGUACCCUCUUCUAACAGUUUGAUUGUUUCGGUCAUUACUAAGCACGCCCAAGUAUUUCUGCUAUACUCUGAAAACUGUUCGAAUCUUGACGAAUCAUUUAUGCUCUUCCAACACUCGCGUUAGAAUGAGAUAAGUGUGCUUAGUGCGAGUUUUUUAACGUUCUCGAUAGCGUAAAAGUUAACUGUAUGGAAUGGGAUCGUUCGCCUACGUUUGUCGCUAGGGCGCUGUUCCAACUGCAUACAAAAUCGGGUUAACUUUUACGCUAUCGAGAACGUUAAGAAACUCGAACUAAGCACUAAGAUACUUACCAGACCGAAACGGUUAUAUACGGCUAGGCUAAUUCCUAGUGCUCAUGGAUUGAAAGCCUAAACUAGUAUUGGAUUAUGUAUUUGCAUACAUAUGCAUUUGCAUACAUUGCAUUUGUCUCUGAUUAUGCUCGAUCGAACGACUUUUACGCUACAAUAAGAGGGUAAUUUAGUAAAAUUUGGAAACCAGUGACUAAAUGUUAACUUUAGGCCCAAAGAAUACCUGUUGUCACCUAUGUGUUUCUCUUUAUCUUUCGAUUACCAAAAACUUUAUUAAGAUACAAUAUUGAUUAGGUACAUAUAGUCACUCCCUUCCAAGCUUGUCCAUUUCAAAAAUCAACAAGAUCAUAUUCUAUAAAACUCUCAACCCAUUAAACAAUCCAGCGGCCACAACUUGUCUUGUUGUUAAAUGAAAUGGCCCGUCUAUAAAUAUCAUAUAAUCUAAUGUAAACAGAUCGUGUCCACAUGCCAGAUCAUUGAUUUCUUGACUUCUCAACGCUUUUUGAAUUAUUUUACAAUAUAGUAAUGAUGACGGUAACAUCUAGAGCAAUUCUCCUAAUUUCUUUCGCUUGGAAUAUGUUUCGAACUAUCUGUAAAACUAGAAUUGUUGAUUAUCCGAUUUUGCCGGAGACCGAUCCUGUAUUUUAUUAGUAUUUUUUUUAUUGCCUAGAUAGGCAGUAAUUUUUUUAUUGCCUAGAUAGGUAGUAGGAUAGCUCACAGCCCACCUGGUGUUAAGUGAUUACUGGAGCCCUAGACAUUUACAACGCAAAUGCGCCACCCACCUUGAGAAGUUCUAAGGUAUUAGUAUAGUUACAACGGCUGCCCCGCCCUUCAAACCGAAACGCAUUACGGCAGAAAUAGGCAGUGAUGUAGUACCUACCCGUGCGGACACACAAGACGUCUUAUCACCAGUAAAUACGCAAAUUAUAAUUUUGCAUUUUUGGAAUAUGCAUUCAAUAAAGGUGACAAAUUAGUUCUGGUAGUACAAUACUAGUGUUAUUAUUGUGCAUCACUAGUUGUUUUGUACCAUCCCCUAUUCUUACAUUAUGGUAAUUAUGGUAUUAGGAUAAGACAUCCUUCUUGCGGCUUAAUUGGGAUUUGGUAAAAUAUCUCAUAUUAGGCUACUACAAACACGAUGUAAGGUCAUUCCGAUAGAGGCACCCGUCACGUGCGGACGUGCUCAUCGUCCACUCGAUCGCCCGGUCUUUGUUCGCCCGGCUUUUGUUAGCCCGGCCAUUGUUCGCGCGGCCUGUGUUCGUGAUACAUCUGCCGACCAAGUGUGUUUCCUGGAAGCUUUUAUUUGUUUUGUUUUAGUUAUUUUUGUGUUCGUGGAACAUUUGCCGACAAAGUGGUUUCCUGCAAGUAUUUAUUUGUUUUGUUUCUUUUCGUAAUUUCUGUUUUGUUGUGCUUUUUCUUUGUCCUGUAGUAAUCGCGCCGCAUUGCCACCGUGUUCAAUAGAACCGCUCAGGUCCGAGAAGUUGGGGCCUCGCCGCAAGGCGAGUGUUUUCAAGACCCGGGGCCGCCCCACCUGGGUACUCAGCGAUCAUGGACGCUGUAUUCGCGGAAUUCCUCCGACUUCGCCACCCACAGCUCGCCUCGGAGUUUCUGGCCUUCAAGGCCAAUCACACUGCGAGCCCUCUCGAGGACUCCGCCGCGCUCGCUGCUCCUGCGUCGCCUGUACCUGCGUGCAGAGCUUCUGCAUUGAGCACCGCAGCCUCUGUCGUGCCUGCCGCUCCCGUGUCGCCUAUACUGGCGAGAAAAGCUGCUGCGUCGUCCGCCGUGACCAUCGUUUCAGCUGAGCGAUCAUCCGCGGCCUCCGUCGCGCCCUCUAAAACACCUACACUUGCUCGUAGGUCGCCUGCACCCGCCUCCUCGUGCUCCGACUCUGACUCGGACAUGGAGGUCGACCUCGCCCCCGCCUCAUCGACGGAUGGAUUCACCCUGGUACAGAAGGGUAAGAAGCGUGCCGCGGAGUCUCGAGCUCCCGCGGCCGCUAAAAUUAGCAAAGCCGUGAACGCGUCGCGCCCCCGCCCUCAGACUCCCGUUGCGCCCCCAGCCCGUGCCACUCCGUCGCCGCGUCCGGUGGCACAAAAUAAAACCCAGACCCCUCCCCCGGUUAUCCUUCAGGAGAAGGCAGCUUGGGAUCGAGUUUGCCUGGCCCUUAAGGCCAAAAAUAUAAAUUUCACGAAUGCCCGUAACCUCGCGAACGGCAUUCAAAUUAAGGUUCAAACACCCGACGACCAUAGGGCCCUCUCUUCUUACCUCCGUAAGGAACGUAUAAGUUUCCAUACUUAUACGCUCCAGGAGGAGCGCGAACUCCGCGUUGUAAUACGCGGAAUCCCUAAAGAGUUAGAUGUAGAGCUCGUCAAGGCCGAUCUGUUAGAACAGGGCUUUCCAGUGAAUUCUGUGCACCGUAUGCACACCGGUCGCGGUAGGGAGCCAUAUAAUAUGGUUCUAGUCACCCUCCAGCCUACCCCCGAGGGUAAGAAAAUCUUCAACACACAGACCGUCUGUAGGCUCUCCGGUAUCGCCAUCGAAGCCCCCCAUAAAAAAGGCACUCCUAGCCAGUGCCAUAACUGUCAAUUGUACGGGCACUCUUCCCGUAACUGUCACGCGCGCCCCCGAUGUGUUAAGUGUUUGGGCGAUCACGCCACGGCCCUCUGCGCUCGCGACCAAAAAACCGCGACGGAACCGCCUAGCUGCGUCCUGUGUCGAACACAGGGUCACCCCGCGAAUUACCGUGGUUGCCCCCGAGCCCCUAAAAUAAAUCGCCGCGUCGCCCGCCAAAACCGCCUCCGAGCUUCCGGCCCAGACAUCAAAGCCUCGGCACCCUCUGCGUCGCAGGCUAAGCCAGCGUUCGUUCCGGCGGCGGUGCCCAGUGUCUCGGCCUGGGCAAAACCGCUGCCGUACACGAACACGGCUACAACUCCCUCCUCCGCGAUUCGUCCCGCCCCCGCGACUCGUCCCUCUCCCGCGACUUGCCCUCCGACCGCGUCCGAAAAUCUCGCUUUAGCGAUCGACUUCUUUCAGUCGAUCAACUUUGAGCGCGUUAACGCUUUGGGCGACGCCAUUCGCGCUGCCUCCACUGCACAACACUUUAUCGCCGUUGUGCAGGAAUACGCCGACGUAUACGCGUCAUUAAAUACGUACGUCCUCCCCUCACUCCGCCGGUAAUCAAUGGCGUAUAUAAGUAGAAUAAAGCCCCUAUCCGUAACGAUAGGAUUUUUUAACGCUUACGGUCUCGCAAAUCAACGUGAUCAGGUUUCUGACUUUUUGCGUGACCAUCAAAUUGAUAUCUUUUUAGUGCAGGAGACCCUACUUAAGCCCGCGCGCCGUGACCCUAAAAUCGCGAACUAUAA